AUGAUACAAAACCACUCCACCGGAGGCGAGGAGCAGCCUCUUACUAUUUCUCAAUGGCGUGAAUUACAAGAAACUGUUUCCGAGCCAACUCACAUUUUGUCGCUGCUCGAGCGAGCACAACCCAACACAUCAAAUGCAUGGAUCUCAUUAGCAACACCUGAACAGAUCAUCACGCAGUGGGAGAACAUCACAGCACUUCAAUCCGAAGGAAAAGAUCUUCCAUUAUUCGGCGUGCCAUUUGCCGCCAAGGAUAAUAUCGACGCCGCUGGGUUCUGCACAACGGCCGCAUGCCCAUCAUUUGGCUCUGAGCCCGUCACCACCGAUUCAACCGUUGUUCAACGAUUGAAAUUGCAAGGAGCCAUUAUAAUUGGCAAGACCAACCUGGAUCAAUUUGCCACGGGUCUCGUCGGUACCCGAUCACCGUAUGGAGCCGUUGCCAAUACUUUCGAUCCAAAGCGAGUCAGCGGCGGAAGCAGCUCCGGGAGCAGCGUGGUCGUUGCUCAGGGGCUAGUUCCUUUCUCUCUUGGAACAGAUACAGCAGGGUCAGGAAGGGUACCUGCUGGCUUCAAUAAUCUUGUUGGACUUAAGCCCACGCGAGGGGCUUUGAGUGCACAUGGCGUGGUACCGGCAUGCCGCUCACUUGAUUGUGUUUCCAUUUUCGCCUUGACGCUGGAAGAUGCAGACCUCAUCCUGCAACUGGCCGAGGGGUAUGAUGUUCGAGAUUCAUACUCGAGAGAUCGGGCCAGCUGGGCGACUGACAAGUCUCCUCGAGGAGCUUUACCCUCCCAACCGAAGCUGGCUAUAUGCUCCAACCCUGAAUGGUUUGGCCGGACCGAGCAGACUGGGCCAUAUCAAAUGGCAUUGGCCAAGGCCGAACUGCUGGGGUGGAAGCUAGAGUCCGUUGAUUUUUCACCCCUAUUCUCUCUUGCCAACCUCCUGUAUGAAGGCCCAUGGGUUGCCGAGCGAUAUGCUGCAAUCGAGGAGUUUAUACGCUCUGUGCCAUUGGAGGCCAUGGACCCCGUAGUUCGAAGUAUCAUCAUGAAAGCCGAGCAGUUCUCUGCUGCAGAUCUCUUCGCGUGCGAAUAUAAGCGACAAGACCUGUCCCAUGAGAUCGAGCAGAUCUUUGGGCAGUACGACGCGCUGCUAGUACCCACGGCUCCCACAUUCCCUACAAUGCAAGAUCUCAUUGAUGAACCGGUCGCGGCAAACAGUCAACUGGGUAGAUAUACCAACUUCGUGAACUUCCUGGAUUGGUCUGCUUUGGCAAUUCCGGCUGGCUGGAGAGAAGACGGUCUUCCGUUUGGCAUCACGUUGAUAGGAGGGACAUGGGAAGAGCCGCGAUUGUUAAAGCUCGCUCGGCGCUGGAUGUCUGAUGGCCCACGUUUGCUGGGAGCUACGGGUGUGGAAUAUCAAGAGCUCUGCUUUGAGCUUCCUGUUCCCGUCAAUUCGAUGCAGCUGGCUGUAGUCGGUGCCCACCUUUCCGGCUUCCCUCUGAACACGGAUUUGGUCUCGCGGGGCGCUACCUUGGUCACUGCUACAGCUACAGCCCCGUGUUAUCGGCUAUUUGCACUGCAUACAACAGGCCCAGUAUCAAAGCCUGGCCUGAAGAGGGUCAGUGAUGGUGGCGAGUCAAUCGAAGUGGAGGUUUGGAACAUGCCGCUGGACAAGAUUGGCAGCUUCCUCGGUACUGUUGCAGCGCCCUUAGGCAUCGGAUCCAUUGAACUGCAAGAUGGCCAAUGGGUUCACGGGUUUAUUUGCGAGCCUGUCGGCCUCGAGAAUGCAAAAGACGUCACUAGCUUUGGCGGAUGGCGAGGGUACACCCAGUCACUCACCAGUUCUACCGCCGAAUCGUCGCGCGUCGCAUCUCCUACACCUGCAACCAGUCUCGGUGAGAAGCGUAUCACGACAGUUCUGGUUGCCAACCGCGGUGAGAUUGCACUGCGCAUCAUUCGGACUUUGAGUGAGAUGAAGAUCUCAUCUGUGGCUAUCUAUUCAAGUGCCGAUGCUCGUGCGCCACAUGUCGCUGCUGCCGAUGUUGCACUUCCCCUGGCUGGGAACACAGUAUCUGACACGUAUUUAAACGGCAAGCAGAUUCUGGAUUUGGCUAUCAACGCUGGUGCUGAUGCCGUUAUUCCUGGAUAUGGCUUUCUCUCAGAGAAUGCUGACUUUGCCGCCGCCGUUGAGGCUGCAGGUCUUGUAUGGAUUGGUCCAACUCCGGAGCAAAUGAGAGACUUGGGCUUGAAGCACUGUGCUCGUGAUAUUGCUAUCACAGCCGGCAUCCCCGUCGUUCCUGGAAGCAAGGGCUUGGUUACCAGUCUUGAAGAUGCACUGGCAGAAGCAGACAAGAUCUGCUAUCCAGUGAUGGUGAAAAGCACCGCUGGUGGAGGUGGAAUUGGCCUUCAGCGGUGCGCCGAUAUUGAUGCACUUCAAGAAGCAUUUGAUGGCGUUCGUCGACUGGGGCAAGCAAACUUUGGCGAUGAUGGAGUUUUCAUCGAGCAUUUCAUCGACCGGGCACGACAUAUCGAGGUCCAGGUGCUCGGUGAUGGCGCUGGUCGAGUCAUUUGUGCUGGAGAGCGCGACUGCUCACUGCAGCGUCGGAACCAGAAAGUUGUCGAAGAAUCUCCUGCUGGGUUUGUCCCAGUUCGAGUUCGAGCUGACAUGCGUCGGGCUGCUGCUGCUUUGGUUGUUUCCUUGCAAUAUCGCAAUGUUGGUACUGUUGAGUUCAUCUUCGACAUCGACACCGAGAACUUCUACUUUUUGGAGAUGAACACACGUCUCCAGGUCGAGCACCCAGUGACCGAGGCUGUUACAGGACUUGAUCUUGUCGAAUGCAUGAUGCGCAUUGCUAUGAAUGAUUGCACUUCUCUUUUCCCUCAGCAAAUAAAUGAAAUCCAGGUCUCCGGUGCGGGGAUUGAAGCUCGUAUAUAUGCUGAAAGCCCCCUUCAAGGAUUUCGACCCUCUCCCGGGAAGCUCUUGAAUGUCGAGUUUCCAUCUGAUGUCCGCAUCGACACUUGGGUCAGUUCAGGCCAGGAGCUAUCAUCGUCUUUUGAUCCAAUGAUUGCAAAGAUCAUCGUAUACGGCGAUGAUCGUCCUGCAGCUCUUCAAAAGCUCUCAGAAGCUCUGGCCAAGACAAUCAUUACUGGCGUGGAAACGAACCUGAGAUAUCUGCAGCAAAUUGUUGCCUGGGAGUCAUUUAGCUCUGGAUCCUUCACGACAGGAUCGCUCAAUACUUUCCCAUACGAAGUUCAAGCUGUUGAGGUCAUUGAUGCUGGGUCAAAUACGGCUGUACAGGACUUCCCUGGCCGUCAAGGUCUUUGGCAUAUCGGCGUGCCGCCCUCCGGCCCAAUGGAUUCCUACUCGUUUCGUCUCGCCAACAAAAUAGUCGGCAAUGAUGAAAAUGCUGCGGGACUUGAGUGCUUGAUCCAAGGCCCGACACUGCUCUUCCACUCUCCAACCACCGUUGCUGUCGUUGGUGCCAAUGGCCCUCUAUUUGUCGACGGGGAAGAAAAGAAGCCGGGCAUAGCGAUCAGCAUUCAAGCUGGACAGAAAAUUUCCAUCGGAACAGCGACCAAUGGUUCUCGAGCCUAUCUUGCCGUUCGAGGUGGAUUUCAAGUCCCUAAAGUCCUAGGCAGCCGUUCAACAUUCGCAAUUGGCCACCUCGGAGGACACAAUGGACGCAGCCUUCGACGUGGUGAUCUUCUUCCAUUAGCAGAUGUUACGGAAGAAGAAUUUCCAUUACCCAUGGCCCCAAUUAUUCCUCUGCCGAUACCUGAGAACCGAGAAUGGGUCGUUGGUGCGAUCCCUGGGCCACACGGUAGCCCGAGUCAUUUCACACAGGAUGGGCUUCAGGAGCUGUUCAAUGGUGAAUGGACUGUCCACUACAACAGCAAUAGGCUCGGAGUCCGCCUCACUGGGCCCCGUCCAGAGUGGGCAAGGCGAACCGGUGGUGAUGCUGGUCUGCAUCCCUCCAACAUCCACGACAGUCCUUACUCAAUUGGGAAUGUCAGCUUCACCGGUGACGAGGCAGUUGUUUUGACAGCAGACGGGCCAAGUCUGGGAGGAUUUGUCGCCUUUGCCACGAUUGCGGAGGCCGAGAUGUGGAAGUUUGGUCAGAUGCGACCAGGCGAUCGCCUUCGACUGCACCCUAUUUCUCUUGAUGAUGCGCAGGCGCUCGCAGAGGCUCUCGAGCAUUCAAUCGCUACUGUGAGCCCACUGACAUCAGAAGAUUUGAAACACAAGAGCUCGACCGCAGUCUCCAGCCCGAUCGUGAAAGAGAUCACUGAGGCUGGCCGCUUCAUUCGUUGCUGCCAGGCAGGUGAUCGAGCCUUGCUGCUUGACUUCGGCAAUGAAGAUAACUUCACACUACGACAAACAUUUCACAUCAUGAGCUUCAUUGAGAUGCACCGAGUUUCUCCAAUCCCUGGCGUUGAGGAACUCACAUCAGGAGUCCGAAGUCUCCAUAUUCGCUUGAAAGCAGGCUUCUCACUACCCCAAGUCCUUGAUGCGCUGGUCGCACACGAGCUUUCUCUUGGAAGUAAACUUUCCUCUCGACUACCCUCACGCAUCGUGCACAUGCCUCUCGUUUUCGACGAUGAGAGGAGCCGCAAUGCCAUUGCCCGCUAUACUUCGACUAUUCGUUCCUCGGCACCAUAUCUACCCAGCAACAUUGAGUUUUUGCAGAAACUGAACGGACUUGACAGCCCUACUCGUGUGGAAAGCGUACUCUAUGAAGGCACCUUCCUCGUAUUGGGCCUUGGUGAUGUGUAUCAAGGGUCCCCCUGCGCUGUACCACUGGAUCCCCGUCAUCGACUCUUCGGAACGAAGUAUAACCCAUCCCGUUCCUUCACCCCCCGUGGUGCUGUCGGUAUUGCUGGUCAAUAUCUAUGCAUCUAUGCGACCGACUCGCCUGGCGGGUAUCAGCUCGUCGGUCGUACGGUCCCUAUCUGGGAUGAGUUCCACAAGCCCCAACGAGGCGAGAAGGCCCCGUGGACCUUCUCGCUCUUGGACCAGAUUCGGUUUUACCCCGUCUCCGAAGAAGAGCUAUCCGUAGCGGAGGCCGAUGGAACCUCCAGUGAUCUCAUCAAAAUCUCCAGCGCUGAGCUGGAUCUCGAUGAAUAUGAGAAGUGGCUGAGAAAGAAAGAGAAGGAUAUCACUGCUGUUCGGGAGCAACGAUCGAAGGCGAUGCAAGAAGCGGAUUUCUUCGAUGAUCUGCUCAAGCCUUACGAUGCGGUCGCAAUGCGACCAGGUCGGGGCCAGGAGAGUGACGAAGUUAUGAUCGGAGAGCGGGUGAAGGCACUUCUGCCUGGGAGAUGUUUCCGUUUCGCUGUCAAGGAGGGAGACGAAGUUCAAGCAGGAGACCCACUGAUCUGGGUCGAGUCCAAUAAAAUGGAGGUCAAGAUAUGUGCACCGGUCACUGGGAAAUGUGUGAGACUGUUGGCCGCAGAGGGAGACAUCCUUGAGCCCAGUGACGAUGUUGUUAUUAUUCAAUAG